CGGCCCACCUAAAAGUGGCGGUUUGGCCGCGGUGGUUACCUUAGUAUCCGGAGUAGUUUGUGUCUAACGAGCUGCAGGCGGAAACCCAACCAGGGCUAUCUCAGCGGGAGUGGGACCCUGAGGCCUCAAACAGGCUCUUAUAUGUCCUCGUUCAGCGCUUCCCCCACAAUCGGAUACGGAUUAUUCGGACUCUGCCUCAGACCCGGGUUCCCACUCCCGCCCUUCCAGCCCGGUUUCUCUCUGGCUGCUACGGCCCUCCCUGGCCCACCUCGCUGGGAGUCACAGAUGCCAGGAAGAAUGGCCCCCAUCAAGAAGUCUCCAAAUACCACAAGGUUGCCUCUGGCAUUAAACCCCCUGAAGAGCAAAGACGUGUUGGCAGUGCUGGCUGAGAGGAACCAGGCUAUAGUACCAGUUGGGGCAUGGGUGGAACCUGCCUCACCACAUAGUUCAGAAAUACCAGCAUAUACUUCAGCGUAUAUGAUUGAAGAAGAACUAAAGGAACAGCUAAGAAAAAAACAAGAAGCUUUGAAGCAUUUUCAGAGACAAGUCAAACAUCGAGUAAAUCAACAAAUUAGGCUGAGAAAAAAGCAACAGCUUCAGAAGUCUUUCGAAGCAGCAGAAAAAGAAGGCUCUAUAGCCAUGCAGUCUUCAGAUCCAGCACAUUUAACUCCCAAAAGAACAAGUGUUUUCCCAAACAAUUUGAAUGCUGCUAUUGGAAGUGCUAGUUUACCUCCUUCCCAGAUGCUUGGGGAUGGAAUAGAAGAUAGAGAGAAUCAGAAUCAAUUAUUCCAACAACAAGCCCAGGCUCUUAGUCAAACCAUGAAACAAGCACGUCAUCGCCUGGCAUCCUUUAAAACUGUGAGUAAAAAAAAUACAUCAGUGUUUCCAGAAAGCACAAGGAAAAGCCUUCCAACCCAAGAGGAUCCUGACCCUGAGGAAUCUUCAUCUAUUAUGAUAGACAAGAAAGGGAGAGAAAAUUUGUUGUGCUGGGACCAGCAGGAUCUCCUUUCUGAAGACAAGGACAUACCUUUCGGCAGAGUUCGGAAAGUACAUUUCAAAAGUCCAUUAUUUGCUGUGGUGGAAGAGGAAGAGCUAAAGCAGUUACAUCAUCAGGGUCUUCAGGAUAUUCCGCCAGAUACUCAGGAUUAUCUUCCAGAAGCCCAAGGUGAUCUGCUGGAAAUGCAGGGUGAUUUGGCAGGAGUCCAGAGUAUUGAACUGGAAGCCCAGAGUACUGAGCCAAAUACCCAAGCUACUGAGCUGGAAGGCCAAGCUGUUGAGCCCAAAGCUCAAGCCAUUGAUGCUGAAGUCCAGGUUGUUAAGACAGAAACUCAGGAUAUUAUUAUACUGGAAGCUCCGAGUACUGAACUAGAAGAUGGGAGUAUUAUGUUGGAAGUCGAGGAUUUUAUACCCCAAAAUCAGGCUUUUCUACCCAAAGACCAGGAUAUUCUACCCAGUGACCAAAAUGUUCUACUCAAAUAUCAAGACCAGCAUUUUCUACCCAAAGACCAAUGUGUGCUCCCCAAAGAUCAGCGUGUUGUCCCCAAAGACCAGAAUACUCUGUCCAAAUGUCAAGAUCAGCGUUCUCUACCCAGAUAUCAGAAAGUGCGCUUUAAGGAUCCAUAUUCUGAUACGAUAAAUGAGAAAGGGAGAGAUGACUUUUCUCUAGUGGAUUAUCAGUAUCUGCCUCCUAAAUUCCAGGACGAGGCCUUCGUCAGAAACCAGCAGCUGUCAUCUUUUAUGAGAGAAGAGAGAGUGAGAGAUGAAUUGCCUCUGGAGUAUGAUCAGUAUGUUUUCCCUCAAAUCCAGGUCCAAGCCUCCUCUGGAGACCAGGGCUUAUACUCCAGGCAGCAAUCGUCUAUUGGGACAGCUGAAAGAUGGCGAGAUUUGCUUCUGGAUCACCACCAGCAUCCUCUACCCAAGCACCGGAGAGAGGCUUCCAGCAGAGACAGGAAAGAGCGUCAAAAGCAGUAUCUGAGAUAUAGACGACUUUUCAUGGAUAUUGAAAGAGAACAAGUAAAAGAACAACAAAGGCAAAAAGAACACAGGAAGAAAAUUGAAAAAAUUAAGAAAAAGAAAGAACAGCAACGUUAUGCUGAAGAGCAGAGGAUAUUAAGAAUGAACGUUCAUGAAGAGGAGCCAUAUUCAGGGGAAAAGAUGAGCGAGACGUUAGCCCAGCUACAACUUGAGGAAAUAAAAGGAGCCAAAGACAAACAGCGACAGAGAGAAAAGGAAUACCAAAGAUAUGUAGAAGCUUUAAGAGCCCAGAUCCAAGAGAAAAUGCAGCUGUGCAAUAUUACUUUACCUCCACUCUGCUACUGUGGUCCUGACUUUUGGGAUGCUCAUCCUGAUACCUGUGCCAACAAUUGUAUUUUCUAUAAAAACCACAGAGCAUACACCCGGGCACUACAUUCAGUCAUCAAUUCCUGUGAUAUCCCUGAGGGGAACUCAGCUCUUCGAAUCGCCAUUCAUAAUUUUGCUUCUGCCCACAGACGGACUUUGAAAAAUGUAUAAUAAGAAUCUGAAAUCAACUGUUAGCAUUUCAGCCUUCAGUUCAAAUCAACCUUGAGAGAUUAUUUAGGAAAAGCUUUUGAAGUGUGUAAGAUGUGUAAUCUGGAAAGAAAGACUGUCCCACAUGACAACUCUCCCUGUAAUUAGGAUGGACCCAUUGUUUCAGUCUCUACCUCGGGACUAAGAUGAAAAGUUGACUUCCAAACUUGUCUCUUUGCUAUGAACCAACCAUAAAAAUCUAUUGUUUUAAAAAUGAUCAGUUAGAUCAGUAAGGUUUUUCUUAUUUUGCUGUGCUCUGAUCAGAAGAGAUCAUGAGAAAUCUUGGAGAUUAUUUCAUUUAUUGUCUUUCUAAAAUUGUAUCUUUGAGUCUUGACAAAAUUGAAAAUGUCUGAUGAAGCAGAAAAGAAGAUGACGACAUGAGUUCUGAGCAUCAGUGGCCAUCUAGAUGGGUUCGCUUUUCUAGUUGUGUAUAACAGAAAUGAAAAGAAUCGGAAUUUGAUACACAUUUUUUUUCUCAAAAUCUUUCCUGUAUUUUUUAACUUACUACCUCUUUCCCCAUACAGUGACAUUGGACAUAAGGCUUUUUAAUUUUAUAACUUUCAUUGCCAAAAAAGGGCAAAUAAACCCUCUGUCAUAUAA